CGUGAGGUUCCGGUAAACACUUGUCCCAAAUGUCCGACCAGUUUUAUGUUUAUUAUUCAUAGUCGUCUCCUUCUGCAUCAAACAUGAACGCAGCCAGUCUCAGGGACUGUCAGGCGUGGAGGGCAGAGGGUCUUCCACUGUCCACCAGCAGUAAUGAGGCUUGCAAACUCUAUGACGCCAUACUCACACAGUAUGUGAAGUGGAGGAAUGAUGAAACCUUGGGAGGAAUUGAUGGAUGCAUUUCUGCUAUCCAGGCAGCGGAUCCUAACUUUGUUAUGGGCCACGUGAUGAGUACAGGACUUGAGCUGGUGGCAACGGGAAGCUCCACUCGGCUGAAUGAGCGUCUUGCCAGUGCAGUGAGGCGAACAGUGCAGAUGGCCAACGGCCAGGACAUCUCUCCUAGAGAGAGGCUCCAUGUCAAGGCUAUGGAGCUUUUCUCUCAUGGGAACUUUUCCAAGGCCUGUGAUGCAUGGGAAGACAUUCUGGUCGAUCACCCCACUGAUUUGCUGGCUCUCAAGUUUGCCCAUGACUCCUACUUCUACUUGGGAGCCCAAGUCCAGAUGAGGGACUCUGUGGCCAGAGUGCUGCCUCACUGGAAACCACAAAUACCUUUGUCCAGUUAUCUGAAAGGAUUAUAUUCCUUUGGUCUUCUGGAGACUCGUUUCUAUGACCAGGCUGAAAGAGUUGCCAUGGAGGGCCUCAGCCUGGUUCCAGAUGACGCUUGGUCGGUCCACUCUUUAGCCCAUGUUUACGAGAUGAAGGUUGAGAUUGACAAGGGCUUGAAGUUUAUGGAGAGUAAAGAGAAGGACUGGCAGGUAUCUGAUGCCCUGGCGAGUCAUAACUAUUGGCACUGGGCUCUAUACUUCAUCGAGAAGGGGCAGUACGAAGCCGCUCUGCAAAUAUACGACUCUCAGGUAUUCAGACGCUGUAAAGCCUCGGGAUCCAUGUUGGACACCGUCGAUGCCAGUUCAAUGCUCUGCAGACUGGAAAUGGAGGGUGUGUGCGUGAGCGAUCGCUGGAGAGAGAUGUUCCAGAAAACGCAGCCUCACAGCGAGGACCACGUGACCAUAUUUAAUGACCUCCACUUCCUCAUGGCGUCGCUCGGAGCUAAAGAGAGCAGGACUUCUCAGCGUCUGCUGGAGGGCCUCCAGGAAUUGGCCAAGGAGCCGGGAGACAAUCAGCAACACCGGCUGGCCGGCACUGUAGGCGUUCCCAUGUGUCAGGCUUUCGUUGAAUACGACAAAGGCAACUACGGUGGAGCCGUGGAUCUCUUGUACCCUUUACGCUACCACAUGGUCGACGUCGGCGGCAGUGAUGCUCAGAGAGACGUCUUCAGUCAAAUGCUCAUACAUGCAGCCAUGAAGUCAGAGAACAAGCGUCACCAGAAACUGGGAAGAUGUCUUCUAGUGGAGCGUGAUGCCGUGAGGCCAAACUCUCCUCUGACUGAUCGCCUCAUGCAGAAAGCCCUGGCUCUUCAUGCCUAGAAGGAGUGCAAGUUGUGCAGAGCAGUGUCCGUGCAGAAGUGACAUUUCAAUCUGUCGUGCUGAUGUUCGGUUAUCACAACAGCUCAAACCUUCAACACAGCACAGUUUUCAAUGAAAAGCUUUUUAAACAUUGCUAUUAUGAGCUACAUUACACAAUCGUUUUACUUGAUUUCUUUCUCACUUUUAUCAAGAGCACAUUGAAAUGCUUUUCUGAGAGAAGGUCUUCAUGUCAACAGCACUACAAAAACCAAUAUCAAACCCAAUAAAUGCACACUUCUUACA